AAAGACAAAGCAAGAUGUUCUCCCGAGUCCAACAAGCGUCGAGAACCCUUAACAGAAACACAAGCCGUGGCUACUUGACAGACCUGGUGCGCGUGGUGGAGGUGGGCCCCCGAGACGGCCUGCAGAACAUAAAAACGCCCCUGUCCACGGAGACGAAGGUCGAGCUCAUAACGCGGCUGUCAAAAACGGGUCUGCGCUCCAUCGAGGUGACGAGCUUCGUGUCCCCAAAGUGGGUACCACAAAUGGCGGACAGCGCCGAGGUGCUCAAUGCCAUACCAGCCAUCCCAGGUGUCGACUACUCGGUCCUCGUGCCCAACACCAAGGGCACCCUCAACGCCAUCGAGCACGGCGCCAAGGAGGUGAUUGUCGUGGCUGGGGUCACCGAGGGCUUCACCCGGGCCAACCUCAACUGCUCCGUCGAGGACAGCCUCGCCCGCAUCUCCGACAUCCAGCGCGUUUGCGCCGAGCACCGGGUGCGCGUGCGAGCCGCGCUCUCCUGCUGCCUCGGCUGCCCCUACGAGGGCAAGGUCGACUUCAAGGUCGUCGCUCGGCUGGCCGAGGCGUUGCUCAGGGCCGGCUGCUACGAGGUCAGUCUGGCGGACACGAUAGGCGUGGGCACGCCCAAGGGUAUCGGCCGGAUGCUCGGGGAGGUGAGGGCAGCUGUUGGGGGUGACGUUUGGCGCUUCGCCGCGCACCUACACGACACGUACGGCCAGGCCCUGGCUAACGUGUACGAGUGCCUGAACCAGGGGGUGCGGGUGUUCGACUCGUCGGUCGCAGGACUCGGUGGGUGUCCUUACGCGCCCGGGGCUACCGGCAACGUGUCGACCGAGGAUCUGUUGUACCUGUUGCACGGACAGGGCAUGCAGACGGGCGUUGAUCUCGACAAGGUGGCCGAGGUCGGGUGGUUCAUCAGUCGACAGAUACCGGCCGACAACUGCUCCAGGGUGGGAAAGGCACUGCUUGCCAAGGAUAGUGCUCGAUGCUAUGCAAAAGGACAAAGUUCGUGAUAGUAGUAUACGAUUUUUGUUGUUUACGGUGUUGUUGGUUCAUUCCAGUGUACAGUGAUUGUUCAUUGGAUUUUUCAAGUUGGCUGGAUAGUUUUUAUAUUGACUCAAGAUUUUUUUUUCUUCAAGAUGAUUCAUGCGAGUUUUUUUGUAUGUGUACCGGACUUUACAAUACAAGAGAGAUUAUAGGUUUUUUUUUUAUUUUUAUAUGUAUAAUACGACAGUUUGACGAUGUUGCAAAGCAGGAUGGAUUUGAGCUGGGAAAAUAGGGUUAACUUUAUUGUUUUAUGUAAUUUUUUUGUUUUGUUUUUUUAGAUCGAUUUGUAUACGUUGAAGAAACUGUCGUGUGUGACGUGUUAAUUCGUGUUGUAAAUAUUGUUGUAGAAAAAUUAAAUGUUCAAAUAAUUGUGUAUCCAUGUGC